CGCCGCUGUCGACGAUCGAGCCAGUGGCAGUGUUUAUGUCUUGGACUUGUGAUCACACCUGUGGCUUAUUUUGCACAUCCAGUCAUCCGCUACGUUUGUCGCUUCUUCCUCCCCUUCAACUUCAACUCCACUUCAAGACCCAGAACAACAAUGUCGACCAUGGUUGGUGGUGUUGGCCAGGCCCGUCCCGUCGAUGACGAGCUCCGCAGCGUCGUGUCCCAGGUGCGCGGUGACAUUGAGGCCAAGGCUGGCAAGCAGUUUGAGACCUUUGAGCCUGUCUCCUACGCCACUCAGGUUGUUGCUGGCACCCACUUUUUCAUCAAGGUGAACGUUGGCGACUCGCACCUGCACGCCAAGGUGUUCCGCUCCCUGCCCCCUGUCAGCUUUGAGGUCAAGGAGGUGCAGCUUGGCAAGACCGCCGAGGACCCUGUCAACUCCUUCUAAAGGCCUCCACGUGCUGCUGGCUGCUGCGUGGUUGAGACGUGCCUCUGUUGUGUGUGUGUGUGUGUGUGCCUGUGUUGUGUAUGCAUGUGUGGCUGUAUGUGUGGCUGUCUGUAUGUGUGGCUGUGUGUAUGUGUGGCUGUAUGUGUGGCUGUAUGCGCCUUGCUACCGUGCUGCGACCGUACUUCACAGACACACACGCACCCGUCCUUCCACACUGCUUGCUUUCCUUCCUUGUUAACCAACACCCCACCCAAUCGAAUGAACGGCAACCAGUGCACGCAAGCUUGCGCUCAUGUACGUGUGUAUGUGGUGUCGUUGCGAGACGAGUACAUGAACCGGUGUUUAAUUGGUGACGGGAAACAACAAAUGAACGAACGAACAGACA